CACACACGAGUCUAACAAUAAAAUAAAAACACACACUGAAUAUUGAUCUGAGAAACAGAGCAGCAAGAACGUAAGAAUGGCGGAAGUGAAGAACAAGCAAGUGGUUCUGAAGGAUUACGUAACUGGUUUCCCUAAGGAAUCAGACAUGGACAUAGUUGAAGGCACCAUCUCACUGAAGCUUCCGGAAGGUUCCAACGAGGUCCUUCUCAAGAACCUCUACCUCUCAUGUGAUCCGUAUAUGCGAAUCCUCAUGAGCAAGAUGGAAGGCCCUGAAGGCUUCCGUACAUAUGCCCCUGGCUCUCCAUUAACAGGAUAUGGUGUGGCUAAAGUCCUGGAAUCUGCACACCCGGAUUACAAGAAGGGUGAUUUGGUGUGGGGGUUUACCAAAUGGGAAGAGUACAGUUUGGUCCCGGCAUCUCUAAUACUUUUCAAAAUCAAGCACACCGAUGUCCCACUUUCAUACUAUACUGGACUUCUUGGUAUGCCAGGAAUGACUGCCUAUGCUGGUUUCUUUGAAGUUGGGCUUCCUAAGAAAGGAGAGAAAGUUUUUGUUUCUGCUGCCUCUGGUGCAGUUGGUCAACUUGUUGGACAAUUUGCUAAAUUCACUGGUUGUUAUGUCAUUGGAAGUGCUGGAAGUAAAGACAAGGUGGAUUUAUUGAAGAAUAAAUUAGGAUUUGAUGAUGCUUUUAACUACAAAGAAGAGCCAGACCUCAAUGGCGCAUUGAAAAGGUACUUCCCUGAAGGCAUUGACAUUUACUUUGAGAAUGUUGGGGGGAAGACACUUGAUGCUGUGCUGCUAAAUAUGAGAGUCCAUGGCCGAAUAGUCGUAUGUGGAAUGGUCUCGCAGUACAAUCUUGCUCAACAUGAAGGUGUAACAAAUCUGGCGAAUCUCAUAUUCAAGCGGAUUCGUAUGCAAGGCUUUAAUGUUGCUGAUUACUAUCAGUUAUAUCCCAAGUUCUUGGAGUACGUCGUGCCGAAAAUUAAAGAAGGGAAGAUUGUUUAUGUGGAAGACAUAGUCGAGGGCCUUGAAAAUGCUCCUCCGGCUUUGGUUGGCCUUUUUAGCGGUCGCAAUGUUGGAAAACAAGUGAUUGUUCUUGCUCGUGAAUGAAUGUGUAGUUUUAUUUUCUUCCAUUUGGUGUUUAGUAUAUAUGGGUGAGUGUUUUCAUUUGUUCUAUAGCAAAACUUUCCAAUUGCUUUUACCCUUUGGUUCCGAUAUGACAGAAAAAACACUGAUUUCCAAACAUAGUGGAUGCUUUAUGGAGUGUUGAGUAGGGCUGUAAAUUGGUGAAAGAGAGAAAAAGGAUCCAUGUUUCAGUUACAAGUAAGCCAUCAACAUUGGUUAAUACUUAAUAUGUUGGCUUAGUGUUGUAAGUCGUUAGUCUAAUUUUCUUAAAUACUGCCGAGUGUAUUUAAUAUAGUUUUUGUUAAUAUAAUCUGCUGUUAAAGAUGA